AAGGAACCCUUUGAAUAACAUCAGUCGAACAUAAUCUCACAACGACAGCAGACGUACAUGUACAGUGCGACUAGCUUAAACAGUCUAUUUGAUUUAUCCAUCCGGUCAGGCUAAUUUUGGAUAUCAAUCGUUUAUCAUGGACCAAAUUGCUACGACCAACAAAGAACCAUGUAAGGUAAAGAGAAAUGACGCUGAAACCAAAAUGCCGAGGAAUUCCAUUCAUCCGCAGCAAGAAAACCAUAAUGGCAACUCCAACAUUAGUCUCAGCUCUGUCGCCAGCGCAGAAAUGGCCAACAUUCGGGAAAUCCUGCAACAACACAAUAACAACAAAGCCGGACAAUUCGCAAAGAUGCUGAUGGUGAUUCUACUACCAAUAGUCGCAUUAAUCGUUAUUGCAGCUGUAUCGUUGGCAAACGCUGUGAACGUCAACACUUCUAGUUUAGAAGCUUUAGCAGAAAUCUCAACAGACAUGAAGCUGUUCGACAUUGUGUUGAGCUUACAAGUGGAGAGAGGUUUAACAGCAAUGUAUCUCAGUUCGAACGCGUCUAACAAGCAAAAUUUGAAGGAUCUACAGGAACAACAAGCAGCAGUAGACAAGUUGCUUGAUGGCAUUGAAUAUUUACCGUCGAUAAGCAUCAGGGAUAAAAACCUGACCACGAAGUCAGAAAUUUGGAGGAAUUUGAAAGAGCAGAGACGGGAGUACGUCGUUAACUGUUGCAAGUCUUUUGUAGAUGGGAUUCAGUUCUACAGUGAGAUCACGCUACAGUUUCAAAACGCCGUAACUGAGCAAAUUGUUCUCCCGUUCGAUGGGAAUCUGUGGAAGGAUAUCGUCGCUCAGAACAGUUUGUUGCGGGCGACGGAUUCAGUAGGGAUACAACGGGCUUUGGGGACGACGUAUUUCAAUCUUUGCGGCUUCAGCAGAGAAAAUUAUGCCUGGUUUAUAACGCUACAAGCAGAAGAGGAAGUAUUCCUCUCAACCGCUUUGACAUACAGUAAACUCUUCCGCAAACAUAUGGAUUUAGAAAACGAAAAACACCAGGACCUUUUCACCGAAUUGAAGACAUUCUAUGCCCAGAUUCAUUUGGCUGACUUCGUUAAACUGUGCACCAACAUGACGGAGAAGGAACGUCACAUCUUGAGCACAUCGUGGUUCGGCCACAUGACCGAAAGUAUCGAAGUGAUCAAGACAUCACACAGAGUUUUAGCAGCCGACAUUACCAAAUCUUUAUACGACUUGGUCGAGUCAACGAAAGGUUCUCUGAUAAUCUAUGGCUUGGUGAUGGUGGUCGUGACUGUAGUUUGUCUGAUUCUAGGAAUCUGGUACUCGUCCUGUAUGUACAAUAUAACUCACGCAAUCCAACACUUCGCGCUAACUCUCACCGUCAAAACAAAGGAACUCAAGGAGGAGAAGAAGAGGACGGAGAAACUAUUGUAUUCAAUGUUGCCGAAAACUGUUGCCGAUUCGUUGAGAAGUGGUCGGUCCGUUUCUGCGGAGUAUUACGACCAGUCUACCAUCUAUUUCAGUGAUAUCAAGGGAUUCACGGAUCUCUCUGCCCAGAGCACCCCUCUGGAGGUGGUCAACUUACUCAAUGAACUUUAUACUCUUUUCGACGACACAAUCGAGAGAUAUGACGUCUAUAAGGUGGAGACGAUAGGAGAUGCUUAUAUGGUUGUAUCAGGACUUCCAGAAAAAAACGGCGACAUGCAUGCAUCGGAAAUCAGCAAAAUGGCCCUGGAGUUACGCGAGUCCGUCCGAAAAUUUAAGGUUCCACACAGACCGAAUGAAUCCCUCCUUCUUCGGAUAGGUUUGCACUCAGGUCCGUGUGUUGCUGGUGUCGUUGGCACCAAGAUGCCUCGGUACUGUCUGUUCGGCGACACAGUCAAUACAGCUUCCAGGAUGGAGUCAAUGGGAGAAGCCGAAAAAAUCCACAUCAGCGAGGCAACGAAAAAUGUGCUCGAUUCCAUUGGUGGGUUUAUCAUCCAGUUACGAGGAACCAUCCAGGUGAAAGGCAAGGGGAAUAUGACCACCUAUUGGCUCGUAAGUCACGCCAAGGAGGGCAGUGGCAAGAAAAUAGUCUUCGAAGAUGACUCCUACACGUAGUUUUACUCCAAUAGGAGAAGAGAACGAUGCCCGGUGUUGCACUUCGGCUCGGAUACCCCAAGAGUCGUUAACAUUUUGGUG